GGCGAUUGGGCUGUCAGACGCGUGUCGAGUAGCGUGUAAAAACCGGGCUCGGAUAGCGAGAUCGUCGCCUCGAUACCGGAAGUACGUUGACCUUCACGAGUGACCUUGGAAAUUGGCGCCACCGUCGGCCCCUUUGACUGGACAUCGAAAAUCGAGCGGCUACCCCGAGCAGGGCUCCGCGUUUCCUCCUCGGAGUUCGAUCGCCGAUCCGAGAUCGGUGGACGUUGUUCCGGUGAUCGCGAGUGAAGUUUUACUCCGGGUGUUCUGUCGGGUUCUGUAACUGUCGCGUCGGUGGGAUACGAGGAGCGACUGGUUUCGAGGGAGGAACGCCGUGGAGAAGCUUAACCACCUGUCAAAGCCGAUGGAGUGACCCAACAUGCGGCCUAAAUUGCAAUUGGUGAUAUUCGCCGCGUUCUGUGCAACGUACGCCAACGCGGAUUUCUUCGGCGAGAAGAAAGAACUGGUCUAUGAUUUACUGCAGGCAUCCGUGGCAUCGACAGACGACAAUAAUUUGUACAUCGACGAUGCUCUCGAUGGAUUUCCGGCUUUCGGUUUCCGACCUGGCUCCGAAGUUAAACAACCCUAUCGAUUAUAUCUCCCGGAAAAAUUGCCAGCCGAGUUUACUCUGGUGGCAACUUUGAAGCCAAUGUCCUUCAGAACCAGUUAUCUGUUUGCAGUUCUCAAUCCCUUCGAAACUGUUGUGCAAUUAGGCAUUCGAAUUUCGGACGGGCCGGGAACCAAUCAAAACGUGUCGUUGAUUUACACGAACUCCGAUCAGAAUUCGCAUUCGGAGGAAGUAGCGAAAUUCACUGUGCCGAAGCUAACAAAGAAAUGGUCGAAGAUCGUUAUCAGAGUUUCUCUCACCGAGGUCACUUUAUACCUUAAUUGCCACGAAAUGGCCAAACAAAGAGUGACCAGAAUGCCUCCGGAAUUAGUGUUCGAUACCGCCAGCACGCUCUACAUCGCUCAAGCUGGACCGCAUAUUCAAGAGAAAUACGACGGUCUACUGCAAACGUUGAAGCUCUAUUCCGGACAUCCGGCGGAUUUGGUAAAGUGCACAGCCGACUUCAAUUUCGAUGCGGAGGAGGACCUUGGCUCGGGCGAUCUUGAUCCCGAGCUGAUCGACGGUUCGGGGAAUAUUGACAUUAAUAAGAUAGACAUCGGACGAGACGAUGACGAAGACAGAAGCGAGGAAAGCAAUCCACCGCCAUUCAUCACACCUCCUCCUCCCAAUCCGGACUACAAAGGGCCGAAAGGCGAUAAAGGUGAUAAAGGAGACAAGGGGGAAAGCGUCAGAGGACCCCCAGGGCCUCCAGGUCCACCAGGACAGGACGAGGGUCCGCAAGGGGAGAAAGGAGAGCCUGGCACGUGCGCCUGCAACGCAACAGCCCUGAUGGCGUCCUUUACGAUGCCAAAGAUGAUCCAGGGACCGAAAGGAGAACAAGGAGUACCGGGUCAAGAGGGGAAACAAGGGCAAAUGGGGCUGACGGGCGCAGCAGGACCGCCGGGAGAGAGAGGACUCGAAGGACCUCAUGGUGCUAAAGGCGAUAAAGGAGACGUGGGCGUGCAGGGACCGGAAGGUCCCCAAGGACAAAAAGGUGAACCGGGUCGUGACGGAAUACCGGGGGAAAAAGGCGCCCAAGGACCUCCAGGACCGCCGGGAAAGGACGAAUACUCUAGCUACAAUCUCAGUUGGGGACGCCGGGGAGCUUACAGGAUGGAUGAAAUCACGAUGAGGCCAGGGCUGCCAGGACAGAAGGGCGAGGCAGGCAUUCCAGGGAAUCCAGGACAGAAAGGGGAGUCGGGAAUCGUGGGUGCCAAAGGAAACAGGGGCGAAUCGGGACACAAGGGCGUUAAAGGCGAUCACGGGAAAGAAGGGCCGCGAGGAAUUCAGGGAUUCAAAGGUGAACCCGGGGCUCCUGGAACGCCGGGGCUACCUGGGGCUCCGGGUGAGAACGGAAGGCCGGCUGAGAAGGGCGACAAGGGCGACACGGGACCGGAAGGGAAACUAGGUCCUCCGGGACCACCAGGACCACCAGGCGUGUCCGGCGUCACUGGACCUGGGGCAAUAAACGUUGGGGAAUCAGUAUUAGGAGAGAAAGGUGACAGGGGCGAGAUGGGUCCGCGCGGGCAUAAAGGAGAUAAGGGCACCAAAGGGGAGAAAGGAGAUAAAGGUAACUCAGGACCAGCCGGGAUUCCCGGUGUGAACGGCAUUCAAGGACCCCAAGGCAACAAAGGAGAGCCAGGCAAAGAUGGAGACGCCGGCGCGCCAGGAGUCGGUGGUUCAAAGGGCGAUAAAGGCGAGAGAGGACCGCCAGGAGCCACGGCUAUAGCGAGCUCCGGUGACUACAUUACUAUCAAGGGUGAGAAGGGCACGGCGGGCAAGAGGGGUACCAAAGGACAUCGAGGACCACCUGGUCCCGCUGGACCACCUGGAAAACCGGGAAUUAUGGGAGAAAUUGGGUUACCCGGAUGGAUGGGCCGCCCUGGAAAUCCUGGACUACCCGGACCUGUUGGACCAGGAGGACCCAAGGGGGAAAAAGGUGAACCCGGAACACCGGGUCCUUACGGAGUUUCCGUUGGUGCCUUGAACAAUGUUCAGAUAAAAGGCGAUAAAGGAGACGAAGGUUUCCCUGGGAUUCCUGGACAAGCUGGAAGGGACGGCCAAAGAGGACCUCCAGGACCACCUGGACCACCGUCUCAAGGAAACUAUAUUCCAGUCCCAGGCCCCCCAGGGCCCCCUGGACCACCAGGACCGCCAGGAAUGCUAGGUGGACAGAAAGAAGAGUCAGGAUCAAGUAGAAGCCAUAUAUUUGGCGAGAAGGACUAUUACGGAAUCAGACAAGGUUCCGCGACCGUGGCAACGAGAGGUCCUUUGGAGAGCACGACGAAGAUCGUACCUGGAGCAGUGACUUUCCAAAACACCGAAGCCAUGACAAAAAUGUCCGCUGUAAGUCCGGUUGGAACAUUGGCGUACAUCAUAGACGAACAGGCGCUUCUCGUUAGAGUGAACAAUGGCUGGCAAUACAUUGCAUUGGGAUCUCUUUUAUCAAUAACUACUCCAGCACCGCCGACCACGUCGCCACCUCCAGCAAACCCACCUUUUGAGGCUUCCAACCUGAUCAACCAGAUACCUGUAAAAGCAGAUGGAACGGGGUGGUAUCCACGAAUGUUACGAAUGGCUGCUCUGAACGAACCGUUUACCGGAGACAUGCACGGCGUACGAGGAGCUGACUAUGCCUGUUAUCGACAAGCAAAGCGAGCUGGCUUGAGGGGAACGUUCCGUGCAUUCCUCAGCUCCAGGGUUCAAAACGUCGACAGCAUCGUGAGACUCGGGGACAGAGACCUCCCUAUCGUUAACAUAAAGGGAGACGUCCUCUUCAACUCUUGGAAGGAAAUGUUCAACGGAAACGGAGCGUACUUCUCUCAGAACCCUAGAAUUUACAGUUUCAAUGGGAAGAACAUCCUCAGUGAUUUUGCAUGGCCAGAAAAGGUGGCUUGGCACGGCUCGCACAAAUUAGGAGACCGCGCGAUGGACACGUACUGCGACGCCUGGCAUUCGAGCAAUUCUGAUCGUUACGGAUUAGGAUCGCCCCUAACGGGGGGUCGUCUCUUGGAGCAAGUUCGUUAUUCGUGCGACAACAAGUUCGCUCUGCUCUGCAUAGAAGUGACCAGCGAGAUUACAAGAAGAAGGCGGAGCGUCGAAGUUACGGAGGACGCGGAGGAAAUGUCGGAGAACGAUUACAAGGAGUACUUGGACGCUCUGAUGGACAACUAAUCGCGCCCGACGAACAGAAUAUCAAGCAAAAUAAAACCAAUUCGCUCGUCGUUGUAUACAUAGAAACCGAGAUGGGGACCGUUGAUCGUCACCGUUCGAUGGACGAGAAUUCGAAGAAAAGACGUCGAGGACGUGGUCUAUCGAAACGGUGACCAUCUCGUUUCUAAAACCGCGAAACUCUAUCUCUAACUCCAAAGGUUAUAAAACCCAUAUCGCGAGUCAUUAGCCAGCGCUUUACACGAAUUUCCGUUCUCUUUUUAAGAAAUAAGACUGAUCGUCUAGACAUCGUUCAUCAGUGUGUCAUAUCGAUUGCCUGUACUUUUUGAUCCGUCGCUUAUCGGAGCGGUCGGAAUAAUUCGAUAUAGUAUUCCAUCGGCGAGCAACGCGAACUCGACGUCGUUAAGAGUUCCCUACAUCACGAUAAACGUCCAGUACUUAGAUCGCUACUACGAGAGGAGAUUCUUAAAGGCGUGACGAGAUAUGCCCGUACCCAAGUCAUAAUUUACUGUUAAGAGAUAAAAAAAAAAUAAAAUGGAAAAAAAAAAACAUACUUAAAACUAACAGCUGCCCUACGACCUAAAUAAAACGAACAUCGUAUUCGCGAUCGAAUUGCAUUUACAAUUUAGCCAAUACAUAUGAGCGUGUAUGUUAGAUGUAAGGAAACAAGUUGAUUAACGAGGAUUCCGCAAGACCAUUAAGUUUCUCGAAAUCCGGAAUCCAGAUUUAUGCUCCGUGUACGAUUAUCCGCAAUCUGUGCGAGCCGAUGCACGUGUUGUCGUUCGAAUGCCAGACAGAACCCGUGAACGGACCGUUAGAAAUUGGCCUAACAGUUGCGACAGUCGAUAAAAGCUUUCGAAAUUACUAGCGUAUACGUAGCAAUAUUUUAUAACUGAUAGUUCGCUCGGGAACGUUACCACUCUGCGAGCUGUUUCGCGGUCUAAUCGUCGUAAACUUUUGCUUUACAUCGAGCAUAAAUCGAAUCUAAGUCAGUGUCUAUAAUUCGAAGAUACGAUAUCACUAACAUUAAACUAAUUUAUUACGAUUAAAUACAGAAAUGGUCGAUCUAUAUCUUUAGGUUGUCAGCGUGCUUGUUGGCGAAUAUUUCGUACCGGAAGAUUGUCCCUUGAUGUCGUACGUAGAUCUUGACAUCCCUAUGUGAAACCAACCGUUCUUCGAUAUAGUUUGCA